AUGGAGAGAAGAUCUGCAUCUCCCACCAAGAGUGGGAAAUUCAUGAAUCCCACUGACCAGGCUGGAAAGGAAGCUCGGAAGAGGGAAUUAAAAAAGAAUAAGAAACAACGAAUGAUGGCAUGAGCUGCAGUACUGAAGAUUAAGGAUCCCAAAAAAAUUAUCUGGGACAUGGAGAAACUGGAUAAGAUGGAGUUCAAUCCAGUACAGCAGCCACAGCUACAUGAAAACGUGAUCAAAAGGAAACGCAAAAAACUUCAGGAAACUUUUCAGAGAAUUGUCCGACUCUAUGAAAAGGAAAAUCCAGGUAUCGCCAAAGAACUUGGAAAGUUAGAGGUGCAGUGUGAGCAGAAGAGGGCCCAGCUCAGUCAAUACUUUGCUGCUGUAAAGAAGGCUCAGGACGUUGAAGUGGAAAGCAUCCCACUGCCUGACAUGUCUCAUGCUCCUUCUAACAUCUCUCUCCAAGGAAUACCAUUGCCUGGUGCACAGUCACCAACUGUUCUCAAAAAUCUCUCUGCCUAUGGACCUCCCACCAGGGCAAUUUCUCUGCUUCCUUUGCCUGGACAUGGUGUUCCUCCUUUACCUCCUGGCAGAAUUCCUCCGGGCCCACCCCCUGGGCCACCUCCUUUCCAAGUGCUGCAGAUGUAUGGCCAUAAAGUGGGUUUUGCUCUAGAACUUGUUCCUCCUCAGCAGCAGGAUAGUCCAGAACUUGCUCAAGGAGGUCGUGAUGACGAUGCUUUCAGCACCAUUGAAAAAGAAGAUUGUUCUCAAGACAUGGAUCAAGAUAAGCAUGAUGACAGCAGUUGUGACAGGAACAUCAACAAGUCAGAUGUUUCCUGGGAAGAAGAGUUCAUGGCUGAUGAAGAGAGGAACAGUGAGGAAAAAACCUCAGUUCACAAUGUAAGAUUUGCUGGUGUUCCUGGAGAAUCGGGAAAGAAAAAGAAAAACAUGAAGCAAAUAACACCUCUUCAAGCUACCAUGCUUAGAAUAGCAGGUCAGGAAAUUCCUGAAGAGAGGCAAGAGGCUGGGGUAUUUUCAGAGGAUGAUGACCAGGAGGAUUCUGAGGACUUAAAGGACACAAGAGAGCAGCAGCACAAGGAAGUAUCUCUUCCUGGUGGGGCAUUCUCCUCUCCUGCUUCUCAGAAACAGCAACCACUUCCACAGGCUGUUCUUCCUGCCAUACCAGGACUCUACCUUGCUCCACCAUUACUACCAACUCCUGGGCUUCCUCCUGGUUCACCCCCAGGAGCUACUCCCUUCUUAAAACCACUUGGGAUAGACUCGCACUCCUUCAGUAGUGAGCAGUGCCCCAGCGUCCUUCGGGAAAGCACGGGCUCGAGGCCGUAA